AUGGGCGAUGAGCUCAAUCUAUCCAUCAGCCCUUGCGCCUAUGAGGAUAUAGCUGGGGGCAUUGGUACCUUAAGAUAUAAGUCGCGCUGCAGUGUCCACCCGAGAUGGAUCCCCACUCCCAUUUUCACCAUUGAUACUCUCGAUACAUACAAGUUGCUUGUCUCCAUGCUGCCCCUGCUCCGUCCUCCGAAAUACUUCUCCUCUGACCGCCACAGAUGUGACCAAGAAGAUACACUCUCCACUACGUCUGAGGCGUCUACGCUGGUCGACAAUACUGAGACUAUCCAAACACUUCUGACAGAUCAGCCCUUUGUCCCGUACAAGGAUCCCGCAGACCCACACGAUAAUGUGGUGAUUCGAUCCGCGCCAUUUCGUAAAUUCCUUGAGAAACGAAAUCAUAUGGGAUUCGUUGCCAGCGUUCCGUGGCUAGCCACAGCUCUAGCAGAUCACGAGCCUUAUUGGCCAGGCGCUUUUACCGUACUACAGCUCAUCUGUGAGCAAAGAGUUAUGACGGUAGCUGAUGAAAAAUUGGAGCGAGAUAAAGAAACACAAAGGAGCUAUGGCCGAUCUCUUAUUGCCAGCAGCCUAGAGAGGGAAGGGAAAAUACGGCUGGAUCAUAAGAACCAAAUCACCGGCCAAGGAAAAUUCUAUGGUUGUCGACUUGAGCGUGCUUAUAUGCCUCGUGAAGACAUAUCUUACGAAGGCAAAACGAACGGAUAUGGGCUCGACUUCAUGGUCCACAAAAACGGUGGUUUCAGAAUACAGGUAUACCCAUCCGAGGCGGAAAUACAUCAGCCAGAGAGGCGAGGUAUCCAUCUAUAUGCCUCUAGGCUUAGGACCGGAGCAGGAGACUAUGCAAGGGAAAGAUGUUACCGCUGCGUGUGUGAUCAGGAGUGCGGAAAAGAAAAUAUUCCACCAUCGCCACAAUACAGCACCCCUGAUGAGGGAACGAAUCUCGGAGGAUCUGUUCGUCCACAAGGAAAGAAGAGAUCGGGCGCUAUCAGCUAUGACGGCGGGAGGAAGCGUCCAAGUUUAUAG